AUGCGCUGGACACCAAACUGUGUGCCGAAUCACUGCUACAAAUACGUGAUGUUGCAUUGUCCUGACCGAAAAACCCUAAUGUUCUCCAGAUCGAUCAGUCCACCAAUCAGCGCUGAUGUGAGACGCUCACCAGCCUCAAAACCGGCACGUCGUCCUCCCCCCAAAUGUGGUACCGAAGAGACAAACUAUGAGCCGUGCACAAGUAAAGCAGUGGCCAAUAGGCUGUUUGCAUCCUGUUGUGAACUCUACCUACCACCCGAAUGUCAUUCGAUGUGUGUUUACGAAACUGACCAAAAGAAAUCUCGAGCGAUGCUGGUCGAGAUGAUUUCCCAGAGCAAGUGCAAUUUGAAGUACAUGUCCGGAAUAUUGUAUUGUGCUUCACAGAAUCGAGACAAUCGCAAGUGUUGUGCUGAUUUGGGUCUAAAUGCUCCACAAUUACAGGUUGGGAGCAGAUGCCUACGACUCUGUGAUCCGUCAGGAACAUUGACAGAAAAAUUGACGACAGAAGAUGCUACGUGCCUUUUCAAUUGGAACGUUAUUAUGUACUGUCAUCAUAGUGGAAUUCGAGAGAUGUAA